AUGCCCUCUACCUCUUCCCCCGCGUCGCCCAGUCCUCCAACUCCCGCGUCCACUACUACCAUUACCAUCUCUUCACCUCGACCUGAUCAGCCUUCUUCUCCAUCUUCUGGUCUGCUUUCUUCUCCCUCUUCGACUUCUAUCCAUCAACAGCCGCCGUCUCGCCUAAACCACAACUUACCGACAGCGACGACAGGAAGACGAGCCGGUGGGAACAACGCCCAUUUCCUACGCCUAGCAUCCGGAUGGGUAAUUGAGCGUCACAUCCUCGUUCCUGCAUUCACUUGGCGCGUUCCCGUUGUCGUCGCCAAAUCACCAUCAUCUCGCCAAUCGCCCGAGUCACCUCUUUCGCGGCCGCCAGGAGACUCGGCGCAACAAGUUGACCAGGAAGACAAGCCGAACAGGACGAGGGCGGAACGUCCGACGCAGUCCGCCAUGGCGACGGAUCCGGACACUACCGCCAUCGCCUCCCAGUCCCAGCCCCGGCUUCGUGCCCAAUCAUCACACCAGGAUCAGAACCGGGACCAAGAACAUCAACAGCACCAGCAACUCAAGAAGAAAUGGAAGAAGAUCUGGCUUAGAGGGCUAUCUGUUCGUAUUCGCCCUCGCAAGGAAACGCCGCGACGGGCAGCCACCACAGCGGCGGCCGAUGGUCCAGCAAAUGGGCGACUUGAAGGACGAGGUCCUGUGGACGCGGCCGGCAUCGAGAGGGGCACCCAGACCACCACUCGUCAGCAAACACUGCGGCAAUCAGAAACGCUUGCGCACCCAAGCGAGUCAGAACCUCUUACGGACUCCGAUCCCUCGACAAUUGGCACUACAACCUCACACUCGCCCGCGACAUCGAGUACCGCUCAGGCCACUACCGUACCCUCGUCCUCGUCGUCAUCCUCAUCCACCUCCCUUAGCGUAAGCGUCGGCGCCUCCAUCGGACACUUCCCAUCCUCGUCCGCCCCGUGUCCCACCUGCGGCCAGCGCCGUCAUGUCGAUCUCCACCGCCCUCCGACUCCGGUGAAGCCCGAGGACCGCUUUCACUUCCGCUCCGGCGUGCCUUACGGACCAUGGACUAUUACCCAUCCCCCGCAUAUGCCGAUAACCGUCGCUCUACCCCAUGAGCACUGCCAGGUUCACGCCCCAAAGGCUGCGAGCGCCAUCCAAUCCGCGCCCGGGCCACUAACUGCAUUCCAUCCCUUCUCUCGACUGCCCCCGGAGCUCCGCUCCAAGAUCCUGAGGUUCUACCUGGAGCGGCCCCGCAUUGUCGAGAUUCGAUGCAUGAAUGAUCUCAAGAAAAUUCACUUCGCGCCGAAUGCCCUGGGCAACCUCGCGUCCAAUAUUGCUUGGAGCGCUGACAAUACCCUACCGUCCUUGAUGUGGGUGAACCGAGAGUGCCGUGCCGAGACACGCGCUUUUUACCGCGUGCAACUGCCCAUGCACCCGACGAAUAAGAUUGCCUGGCCUGUCAUCAUCAAUCCGGAUUACGACACCGUCAUUUUCACGUUCCCGUGGAGCAGCGAAAUCCCCCUCGAUAUCUUUUUGAGCGACUGCCUUGCGUUUGAUCCUCUGGGUGUUGGGAUUCGCCAUUUCGGCACCAGAGACCGGGGCGGUCCGGAGACGUGGGACCUCACGCCGGUCCCUGGGUGCGCGCCUUUGUCGAAGAGCCUGGCAAACUUGGAGUCGUACACGGAGGCAAUUCAGCUUAUGGAUGAUCGCGCAGCUGCUAGGUUCCCGGUCUGGAUGAUCCAUGAGGGAUAUCUUACGAGUGGUAUUCCUGCAAAGGAUGCAUUCUACCAGGACGUACCAAGGCUUCUAUUGAGCAACGACUACGAGCCACCAGACGCGGCGAAUCAGCGACACGCACUGGAAGAUUUGCGCUCGCAGCUCGGAGAAUACUUGCCGAAGAGCGUUGCGGAAAAGUUGGUAAUGCAGAGGAUGUUCUAUCGAAAGUACUUCCGGCAUCUGCGGAUGAAGUGCACGAAAACCGACCUCGCUGGCCUGGGCAUGGUCAGGCAAAUUCCAGGAGGAGAAACAGAAGAAUUCUUUUUGAGUAAUGGGCGAGAAGUCGCGGGUCCUCGAAAGAAGAGAAGGUCCGCGCUAGAAGUACGCCCGAGUAGUAGUUGGCAUCUGUGGGACGACGAGUAA